AUGUUUUCUUUUGCUCUCCCCAGAUCGAUACCUAAAAUUUUUUUCAUUGCUUUUACUCCGUUCAUUUUUCAUAUUUGUUUCAUGAGAAGAAUAGUUAUAACAUCAUUAUUCAUAUUGAUUGUGUCUUUGUUACUAUCUGUUAGAACCCCUGCAAGAGCAUUUUACACUCGUUAUUUCACAAUGUCGUCAACAACAACAACAACCCACUUGUAUCAGAAGGAACUCGAAGUUGCAACAUUGGCUGUGAAACGUGCAUCCUUGUUAACCAAACAAUUGAGUGACUCCAUUGUACAAACAGCCAAUUCUGGUACAUUAACCAAAGGAGAUAAAUCCCCAGUGACUGUUGGGGAUUUUGCGCUGCAAGCAAUCAUCAACCAUGCAAUCAAGUUGAACUUUCCAGGUGAUGAAAUUGUCGGUGAGGAAGAUUCACAAGAAUUGCAAGAGAAUGACAGUUUGGCUAGUCAAGUUUUUGAUUUGAUCAACAAGAUUCAAUCUGAAACCAGUGACUCUGAUGAUAUAUUAGGAACCUUGACCACCAAGGAAGAGAUUUACAAGAGUAUUGAUUUUGGCGAUUCACAAGGAGGAACCAACGGAAGAUUCUGGGCAUUGGAUCCAAUUGAUGGAACUAAAGGGUUCCUUAGAGGCGACCAAUUUGCUGUAUGUCUUGCCUUGAUUGAAAAUGGUAAAGUUGUCUUGGGAGUCAUUGGAUGUCCAAACUUGGCUGAACACAUUGUUUCCAAUGAAGAACAUUCUGGUGUCGUCGGUGGUUUGUAUUCUGCCAUUACAGGUGUUGGUGCAUACUAUGCGCCAUUGUUCAAUUCUGGAUUCACCCCGCUUGCUGAGCAAAAGAGAAUCAACAUGAAGACACACAGAGAUCCAAAGGAGUUGAAAGUAGUCGAAGGUGUUGAAAAAGGACAUUCUUCUCAUUCCACACAAGCCCAGAUCAAGGAUAAGCUAGGAUUUGAUCUGGAAACUGUUGCUCGUCAAACAAUCAACCUUGACUCACAGGUCAAAUACUGUGUGUUGGCUAGUGGACAAGCAGAUAUCUACCUCAGAUUGCCAAUCAGUGGCACAUACCGUGAGAAGAUCUGGGAUCACGCUGCUGGUAACGUUUUGAUCUAUGAAAGUGGCGGGCAAGUCGGUGAUGUCACAGGUAAGGCGUUAGAUUUUGGAAAAGGUAGAACCUUGGACUCACAAGGUGUCAUUGCUGCCAACAAGGAAAUCUUCUCCAGCGUCAUAGAGGCAGUCAAGGCUGUAAUUAAUUAG